CGUAAAGUCUUAUCAUGGCUGUAUUGUCAUGUUGCAAAGCGAUUUAAAGCAUUUUGUCAAUAUUUAUAUUAUUUAAUUUCGACUGAUUUUUAAAAACGGAUUUUACAGCCGUCCACAGAACAAGAGAAGAAAAGAAAUGAAACAAUAUCAGGAAGAUACAUCGUGAGUCUUGGGAAAAUAGUAUAUCGACGUCCGUUCAUUCGGAGUAGCAUGCAACUGGAUAACAACAACCCACAGGCUAUGCAACGUCCAUGCAUCAUUGAUUACCCAAAAUUAUGCCAUACAUUUGCAAGUUAGCAGUGUUAGUCUGUGUGUGCUACUGUUGCGCAACAAAAUAGCGUUGCAGUUUGUGUAAAACGAACCCACUACUUGUUUAUUUUGGAGCACCAGCUAGCUAGCUUCAAUUGAGGACAUCGCUGUUGCGGGUAGGGUUUCCUAUAGUUGGCUAACUAGCUAUUUAGUGAGAUGCAGACAAUGAUCCAAACAAAAGUUUUUAAAUGAUUUGCCUCAGCAUGACAGUUUCCAAAAUGCUUUUCUCUUCCAGUGUCUGCUCUGUAAUUUCCAGCUAGCGUUUCCUUGUGCCUGGUAUGUCGACGUCGAGGCAAGGAACUUCAUGCUACAGCUAGUAUAUGCAAUUGCCCUGAACUCAGUUAAUAUUUCGAAAGCAGCAACCAAACAUUGAAAACACCGUGCCUUCUGAAGAUGCUCAAUGGGCAGGCUGAACCCUCCAGUCAGCUGGGAGGACUUGAAAGAGCAGGGGCGGCGAGAGAAGCGCAGGGACAGGUAGAAGAGAAUGGAAGUUGUGCUGACAAAGAGGGUUCGAGAAUGGAAUGGAGAGAUGUGUUGGAUGUGCACACAUGCCACAUCUGCGGUUUCACCGCGGGGGAUGUUCGUGGUCUCAGUGUUCACCUGAGUUCAGCACACCCCAGCACAGUCUACCCUCGCGCUGCUAACCAUGCGAGAAGUGAUGGACCUGUUCAGAGGCAGGAGGAAGAGGCGAAGAGACAGCUGUCAUCAUUUAUGGAAAGGAAGGAUCUGAAGAAUAAUAGUGGAUUGGAUGCAGCUAUGGAGGAUCCUGACGAAAGCGACCAGAGCCGCAACUCCGUGGAGGGCACUCCGCCCGGCGACAUCACCAAAGGGCAGAAAGGAGAGGAGACGCCACCUCUCGGGUCUGCCACCAGCCCGUCCCAAAGAAAAACAACCACUCCAACUCCGCCUUCUCCUCCGUCAAAGAGCCCAGCUGAUGGCAGCGAAGGUGACUGUGGCGGUGACAAGCUGCAGCUGUUGGGCUCCUGUCCCGGCACCCCCGUGACGUCCACCGGCACCCUCAACCGACCCCACGUGGUGUGCCUGCCUCAGGUGCGGGAGAGGCUGCGUCUGGCCUGGCAGCGUGCGGAGCCUGCGCUGGAACUGGACGGCCGCAGCACACUGCUGGAGGCCUUCAACGCCUUCCCCUACCCCACGGCCCAGGAGACGGGGGCGCUGGCCCGCCGCUGCGCCCUGCCACCUGACGACGUCAAGGUCUGGUUCAUGAUGCAACGCGUGCGCUACGGCAUCAGCUGGGCAGAGGAGGACAUCCGCGACACACGCCGCAAGCUGAGCAUGCUCCAUGGCGAAGGAGGCGGAGGCAAAGAGGGGGACUUGGUCCCAAGCCCUCUGGACGAAACGAUGGUGGAUAUAGACGACGAUGAUGAUGACGAAGAAGAGGAGAUGAUGCGCGCCUUCGGAGCGACUGAGGGAAUGUUGGCAGGAGGAGAGGAAGAGGAGGAGGAAGGGGUGGAAGAGGAGGAGGAGGAGGAAGAAGAGGAGGAGGAGUUGUUUCCGGCCGGCCUGUGGUCGGGGCCUGCCCUCUCCUCCCAGCUGGAGAACAGCAACAGCAGCCUCCAAGACGACAACAGUGUCGCCAUGGACGACAGCUUCCCAGAGUUUCCCUCCAUCCAUUCGCUCCCGCCUGGGGCCGAGGUGAGUGGCGGCGGCAUCACCCACCUGUCCGCCGUCACCACCACCAAUCCUCCCCUCGGUCUCCCUCUCACUUCCGGUUCUUCCUACGAUCCUGCGACGGGCCGCGUCCGCAUCAAGAAGUCGCGCAACCAGCUGAUGAUCCUGCGCCGCAGCUUCGUGUUCUGCAACUGGCCGUCGGAGGGCGAGCUGCAGCGGCUGCAGACGGUCACGGGGCUGAGCCGCCACGAGAUCCGCAAGUGGUUCGCUGACAGCCGCUACCAGCUGCGCCGCAGCGGCGAGGCCAAGGCCUACGGGCAGCGAACGUCCUACCUCAGGGGGCCGCCCAAGUACUCGGGCGCCCAGGGACCACUACCACCGCCGCCAGAGCCCGAGCCUUCCGCGAGCCCUGAUGGACAAUAUGAGGUAGAGGUGAAGCUGGAGAACUUUGACACCGAUCAACCCGUCAGCCGGACCAAAGAUGAGCACCGCACCAAAGGCAGCGUUGCGCGGGGGGAGGCCGGGGGCAGCCUCAACGGGUACUCCUUAGCCGCCCGCAGCAUCGCCCCCUCGCCGUCCUCCUCCUCCGCUACUUCCGCGUCUGUGGACUCGUACCCGGGCUUGUCGACGGUGGCGGCCACAGACGGGCCGUCUCCGGCCCAGAAGCUGGCCGGCAACCGCAAGAAGACGCGUGAGCAGACGGAGGUGCUGCGGCAGCACUUCCUGCACUGCCAGUGGCCCACGGCGGAGGACUACAGCGUGCUGGAGCAGAGCACGGGGCUGCCGCGCACGCAGAUCAUCCACUGGUUCGGCGACACGCGCUACUCCUUCAAGCACUCGCGUCUGCGCUGGAUCACGCCCGAGCAGCGGCGGGAGAUCGGCAAGAAGCUGGCGGCCGACGCGCACCAGCGGGCGUGGCUGGUGAGGAGGCAGAAGCAGUGGCCCAACCUGCCCUGGGACCGUUCACGGCCGCCGCCACAGCCCAGCCCUGGCAACCUCAUGGACGCCAGUAAUAGCUCCAAUAGUUCGUCAGGGCAGACACUGGAUGGUGGAGGUGGAGGUGGUGGUGGUGGGGACUUUGAUAAAUGGUAUGAGAUGUGGGAUGGAUCUGUGCAGGGACGAUAGGAGGUAGCUGGCAGGGAACAUUGACGUGUCGUACUACUUACCUACCCAUCCAUCCAUCAAUCCAAAUGCAAAAGAUUUUUUUUUAAUCAGGUAGGGCCUGGAUGUGGGGAACUGGUGCUGGAGCUGGUGGAUUUUGAAGUGUCGUACAUACUCGUCCGCCAUCCACCCAAAUUCAAAAGAUGGGGUUUUAGUCAAGCUCACCACGUUUCUUUUUUACGGACGUGUAAAAAGUUUGUCCUUGAGCUGGUGCUGAUGCUGGUGGACUCUGAAGUGUCAUGCUACUCGCUAAUUCAAAUGCUAACAAUGCAUCGUUUUUGUCUGUCUUUAGUUUUUAGUUUGGUUUGUUUUUUUUGUCUUUUUUUACUGGAAAUCACUGCUUUGUGUGUGAGAUCGCCUUGUGACAAUUUCCCUCGGGCCAAAUCCAAAAUGUUCACUUCAAUGUCGACUAUCCUGUAUAAUGCUCUAUGUCAGGAACAAGAUGUUGUGAGAACCGUAAUGUAGUUGGCGCUUUGUAGGGUCUUCAUAAUGUUGCUACAUGGUGAACAAGUGAACAUGUUGGACAUUUUGGCCUUGGUUUUAAAAUACAUUUGACAAACAUGGCGCAUGGCCUCUGGUUAGCAGGCACAGUUCCCCUUUUAAAAGCUCUCUCAUUUUAAAUUGGGUCAGCCAAUAGCCCUUGGCUUGGCUGGGAUUUAACCAUGGCACAUCUGUGUUGCCAUGACAACACUUGCUGAUAGAUUCUUAAUGUCUUACUAUUUAAAUGUCCCUACUAGUUGAUUGAUUGAUUGAUUGAUUGAUUGAUUGUUUCCAUAGUGCAGUCAGAAAUGCAGAGGAAUCAGACCAGACCGAAAGAGCCCAGGGAGAUCUCUUUCGCUGCAUUGGUCGGCUAAUGAGCAAAGCAAAAUCCUCCAUUAGUUUCAAUGGAGGCAAGCAGAAACGAAGUGAAAAUGCUUGACCCGUAUAGUUUUGUACAAUGAGACGGGCAAUCAAAUCAACCUCACAAUGUUUUUACGAUGCUAAGUCCUGUUGACCGUCAAAAUGAAUGCUGAACUUAACAGUGCUUCUCCAAAUUCCUAAUUCACCAGAAGUGAAAGAAACUCCAUAAACUGAUAAUUAGGCCUUUUCGCAUUGAUGUCAAUGAUGUCAAAACGUUCUGUUUUGAACCAAGCAGGUGUAAACGACUGCCGGUCUCCAUAAAAAAACAGUGGUGCGUAAGUUUGUCUUACACACACCAGAUUCUACUUAUACAUAUUUCGAAUGCAUUAAAUCUUUGGUUCAAUGUCUGACAUUAUGUGAAAAAAGGCCCAUCCUGGUCCAUGCACACCAGGCCAUUGUCAUUUGGCACAAUAGAAAUUUGCAUAUGCUGCUAUUCAACAAGCUACAGUGUAAUGUACAGUAUAAGCUAUAAUAGAGUUGGUGCUUCGGUUUGCUUGUAGUUCCAGGUCUCCAUUUUGUUGAAGGGGUUAUUGAUAUUUACGGUCACCAGUCAAUGGAAUGCAGCACCUCUCCUUUUGUUUUCCCCGGAGGCAAUAUGUGGGUGGACUGAAAUGGAGAAUCGAUGCCAUGGCCAUUUUGGGAUUUCUUUCUUUCUUUUUUUCUUUCUUUGGCUGGUCAGUUUUGAGGAGCAGUUCAACAACUUCAGCUGUUGUUAGUCAGAGCGUAGUGGACCGUGGAGACAUAUACUAUUCCUAUUGAUACAGUGAAAUGGAAUGCAUUUAUGUAUGCAUUUAUGCACCAUUAGCACUAAAAUCUGGUUUUAGAUGUUUAUGUUUCUGAAAGGAUGGACGAUCAUGACACUUUGAGUUGUGGGUCAUCUCAUAAAAAAAAGAUUACAAUCACGUUAAGGUGUUAAGAAAUGCAUAAUGAUUUCCUAAUAGUUAUAAUAAUGACGAAAUGUAUUAUGGAAUUAGAAACAGAAUAUGAACUCAAACUCACAUGUAUUCUUCCGGUAUGAUUGGGGUGUUUACAAGAUAAGAGUUUGAUACUCUCAUUGAAUCUUAUUCAGCACUGAGGCUGUCACUACAAAGGGGCCGUAUGAAGAUAACCAACUUGUGAAUCGCAAUGCCAGAUCACACUUAAUUCUGUGUCUUUACAAAGAAAGGCCUUGUAAACUAAAUGAACAUAAAAAAACAUUGUGACCUAUUUAGUCAUGAGUUAAUCUGCGAUGGGUCCUCUGGAAUAACCAUGCUGUAAUGGUUAAAUGUUCGUGAAAAAAACAUUAAUAUAUCAGUGAUGGAAACGGCCAAAAAAAAAAACCUUCCACUCAAUAGGUUUUAUAAGGAUUAAGAGUGGCUUGGCUUGAUGGAAAUGGUGUGCGAGUGGUGUUGCUAAAAUUAGUUUAGGAAUAUUUUGGAAUAUUAGUGUGUCCCCUUCAGACCAGUUGGGCAUCUCUGCAUCUGCUGUCCUCCAGGGUCGUGUCAUUAAUCUGUCAUAUGUCCUCUGUCCCCUCACCCCAGCCAGUGUUGCCAGAGCUUCCAAACUCCCUCGGGUCCCAGUUUACUUGAAUGGCUCUAAACAGCUUUCUGAACACCUUUUAGUAAGUCCAAGGAACAAGAAAGCAAUAUUCUAGGUUUAUUUGUCAGGCCAACAAUCAUUUUCCAUAUCGCUGUUCCAGGCAUUUACCUUCUACAAGAUAGAAUAUGCUUUGGGACAGGACUUUUGCUGGGUUUACAAAUGGAUAUCCCCCCUACUCUCACUAAUUAUUAUUAUUAUUUUUUUAUCAACGACCUAGGGGUUAGGAUUUAAGAGAGAAUAAUCCAAAUGGCAUUUAGAUAUUUGUUGUUGGCAUCCAUCUUUGACUUUGUGAGCUCACAGUUCUAGUAGAAUGCUCAGAUGUAGGCCUUCAACUUGCAAUUUUGAAAGUAAUCAAGAUUAUAGUCAUCUAUGACUUAAAUACCCAUUCAAGUUACUAUCUGUGGGUGAUGUAAGUAGGCUAAGCAAAAUGCAUCCUGUUUAUGUUGCAAGAAUGUCAUUCCCGUUUUUCGUUGUACAGCACACCCCUAAAGUCAACCUCUGACUUUUACAAUGCUGAGUAGCUUUUUCCAUAUCAAAAUAUGGUUUCCAAAAUUGAUUAUCAACAUGCCCAUAGUGUCCAAGCACAGAAAGAAGAACCACCUCCAUGUUCAUCAUUGUACUAUGUAGCUAUGUUGAGAUUUGCUUAAAAUUUACAAGGCCAAUGCUAAGUACUUUUUAUAUGAGAGCUUAGAGAGGUGUUGUACGCUCUGUUAUUGUUGAGAGUCCUGUUAUACCACAAGAAUGACUUACGACAGCGACAUUGCUGUUAUCUGUUGGGGGGUGGGGUGGGUGCGGAGGCAUACGCUGGGAUGGAUGAAAGGUAGAGAAGAAAAAACUCCCUGGGGGAUUUUUUUUUAUCUUGUUAAUUUCUAUGUGCCUCUAAAUUGUAUGCUGAUCCUAUUUUGAAACAUGCGAUGAAAAUGAUAUUUUUCCCUAAAUGUGUAGUCCCCCUUGUCUACUGAUAAACAUAUACGGUUUUUCCUUA